AGCAUCUCGCAAAUAACGAGAUCUUUCUCGCGGGUCACGUGGCGUGGAGGGCGGCUGUUGACAUGAAGUUAAACAUUUCGUACCCCGCUACGGGGUGUCAGAAGCUCUUUGAGUUUGAUGAUGAGAAAAAAGUACGCAUCUUCAAUGAGAGGCGUAUGGGCCAAGAAGUUGAGGCGGACUCCUUAGGUGAGGAGUGGAAGGGCUACGUGAUGCGUAUCGCUGGUGGCAACGACAAGCAAGGUUUUCCCAUGAAGCAGGGUGUCCUUACAAACAAUCGUGUCCGGCUCUUGCUUUCAAAGGGUCAUUCUUGCUAUCGUCCCCGCAGAACUGGAGAGCGCAAGAGGAAGUCAGUCCGUGGUUGUAUUGUGGAUGCAAACUUGUCUGUGCUUGCCCUGGUUAUUGUCAAGAAGGGUGAAGGGGAGAUUCCUGGGCUUACUGAUAGCUCAGUUCCUCGUCGCCUGGGACCAAAGCGAGCUUCCAAGAUCAGGAAGUUGUUCAACUUAAGCAAGCAGGAUGAUGUGCGCCAAUAUGUGAUCAAGCGUCCACUGAGCAGCAAGGAUGGCAAGAAGCCCAGGACUAAGGCUCCCAAGAUCCAGAGGCUCAUUACUCCAGUUGUUCUUCAGCGUAAGAGACAUAAGAAGGCCCUUAAACGCCAGCGAGCUGUCAAAAACAAGGAGGAGAAAGCCGAUUAUGCCAAACUUCUGGCCAUGAGACAGAAGGAGGCUAAGGAAAAGAGGCAAGAGGAGAUCCGACGUCGCCGUUCUUCUUUGCGUGAAUCAAAGUCCUCUGAAAAAUCUAAAUAAGCCAAUAAAGCCCAUUAUUUAGAAAA